UGAUAGCUUUAAACCAAUCACAGCGGACAGGGCGGGAUAUUCUAAUGAGCAGGGAACACCUCAAUGUACAGCAAUGCGAGGGGCGUGAGGGGAAGACUCAAAAUUGAGAUGCAUAAAUAUUGUCCGACCGCAGUAACAGAGACGCGUGUUAGGGGAAAACGCUCAAACUAAAUGGGAAUUGUCUCUUUUGAACGUGAUAAACGUCCACAGAUAUAACAGAAUCAGGCUGACGCAGAUCAUAUUGAAAGAUUGAUUGCUUUUGUUCUGCUGGGAAGGGUGAGGAGCAUCCUGCUGGACCUCGGGGUUCCUCUGAAGAUGGAAGAAGAGCGCAGUCGCAAUAAAGAGCGUCUGGAGGCCAGUUUGACGUGGCUGUGUGAGCUGGAGAUCCUGAAGCAGCGGCAGGAGAGCCUGGUCCUCGGUGCCCUGUCCCUCGGGGACUCCGUGCCGGGAUGCCCCGCUUGGGGUGAUGUGGGUCCGGCCCGCAGCAGCAGAGAGCAGGAGCACAUCACUUUAAGACGACAGCUGAACCAACUCCAGGGCGCCCCCAGCCUACUGAUGCUGGGACUGCAACAGCAACUCAGUGAGUUGAGGUUGGAUACAGGACUCACAUGUGAGCAGAAUACAGAGGAGGAUUUGGACAGUCCCAGCGCUUCAAGCUCAGGGUUUUAUGAGCAAAUUGAAAGUCUGUCUCCUCCACUGCGUUCCUGUUCCUCCCCAAACCUCAGUGUGUCCUGUCACAGGCCCAGAUCUAUGGAUGCCUACAUGCUGGACUGGGAGGGUUAUAUGGAGCCCACAGUACAUGUCCCCAUGCCCCGCUCAUUUUCUGCCCCUUACCCCCCACUGGAGGGUAUUGCGGAGGGAAUAGAGGAGGAAGAAGAAGAUGAAGAAAGUCCUCACUGGGUUACAGAUCAGAUAGCUGAUGAAAGCCUGACUCCAGAGAUGAGCCUCACUUCUGAUGCUGAGGCAGAUCCUGCAGUGAAGAUAGAAGAUGGCCCAACGGAAGAAGACAUCCAACAGGCAAUGCGUGUGGAGACGUACAUCCUGGGACUCUUGCAGCGAAGGCAUCUCAGAUCUACAGCAGAACUCAGAUCUGAUCCCGAUCAGUGGCAUGACUUACACACAUACCCACCCAGUUACCCUCAGUUUGAAUGGCAGGAAUGGGUAACUCUCUCUGAGGAAGAGAAUGAGCGUGAAUCCCAAGAUGGAUAUUACAUGAACCUUCCCAGUGCCCAAGCUGGACCAACUUCCCUAAGCUGUGAAGUGCCAGAAUCCUCCUUGGAAAUUGAUCAGUACGGAGUCAAAGAAGUCCACACCAGCAGCAACGACUCUCCUCGGCAUCAACCGGUUUACAUCGAACGCCGUCCCACAAUAACAGACACCAUGAAACCCCACAUUCACACCUGCUGCAAUCACACCUGCGUACCUACGUUGUCAGCUGCUGAGUCCCAUGAGCAACACCAGCCCAUUCCAUCCCAAAAGUGGGCCCUUCUUUGGUCCCUAGCCAGAAGGAGUCCAGAGGAAAGGUGGGCAACUCAAGGAGAUAGACAAACGAAGUCGACCACCCGCUCUCGGUCAGAGGACAGUUGCGUCUCUCAAGGGUGGACUGCCCAACCGGAGCACAAAUAUUAUACUGUGGGACGGGACAUGGGCAAGCAUCAUAGCGACGAAUUGUAUCCAUCUAAUCAGCGGCUGUGGUGCUCCUCGGCAGACCUCAGUCAAGAAGAAGAUGACGGGAUAUUCAGAGAAGACGUAAAUGAUUUCAGACUAAAUCAGUUACCCGCCAAACGCACCGUUCAAUUUGUGGAGCAGGCCCUGAGGGUGAAAGAGACCGCUACUGCACCGACCGAUGGGUCCAACUCCAGUCUGAGUGAGACUUUCUCUCCAGGAAACAGUUCGGUGUCUAGUGACUCAGAUGAGAGCGGAGGGCUGGUCUGGCCUCAGCAACUGCCCCCUCGCUUGACCCCGUCCCCUUCUUCUUCUCAGAAUCCCUCCAAUGCCGUGGUCAAGAUUAAAGCCUCACAUGCGCUCAAAAAGAAGAUUAUGCGAUUUCGUUCAGGCUCCCUCAAACUCAUGACCACGGUCUGAGUCUGGCCAUGAACAUCUCUGCCUAUUUAUACUUAAAAUUCAUUUGAGAGCUUUAUGUAAUACUCUUACAUUAUAUGUGGUGUACUGA